AUGAAUCUUUUUUCUCGACUAAUCAACUCUUGGACAGGCAACAAAAGUGCCGGAGAGUCUUACUAUCAUUUCGAGCUGGCAACGUCUGACCUCGACGACGAUGAGCACGCCGAGUACAACCGGUCUGCUGCGUCCCUACCUACUACGACCAAGACUCGGUUGCCGACCUCGAGAGUCAUUAUGCUCAGUCUCGCACUCGGUGGGCUGCAAUUUUUCUGGUCCACAAUCAUGGCCAAUUUGGUACCCUUCCUUCGAAGUCUCGGGCUUUCCAAACCUGUCGUUGCCGCGUCUAUGAUAUCUCAGCCGCUUUCGGGCACACUCGUCGGACCGUGGGUGGGUGCAUUCAGCGACGGGCUGCAGACCAAGUGGGGACGAAGACGUCCUGUCAUGGUCCUCGGCGCAGUCUCUGCCACGGCUCUACUCAUACUCCUCGCUUGGGUUGAUGAGUGGGUCCAUCUGCUAACUUGCCAACUGAAUCAAUGUGGCGAGUACGAGCAAAGUGUCCAGCAUUUCGUCCAGGGCGUUGCCGUCACUCUUGUGGUUGGUCUCAGCAUCGCUGUCCAACCUUUCCAAAGUGGUGCACGAAGUAUUAUCAUUGAUAAUCUUCCAGCAGGGCAGCAGAACGAGGCAAACGUGUCUUCGAGUCGCAUAAUCUGCAUCGGAGGUGUCGCCGGGUUCCUUGCCGGGACGAUUGACAUACCUUCAGUCUUCAACAAUUCCUAUCAGAUCACCCAACUUCAGGGCCUAGCCGUCUUGAAUGCGGUUGUGAUCACGUCUUCCGUUGGGGCCACAUGCUUCGUCUUCAAGGAGUCAAGUCAGUCGUGCUUUCGUGAUGGCAGGGGUCCGAGACCACUGGUCAACAUAUGGCGCAGCACCCAUGGUCUCCCCGACGUCAUUCGAAAGGUGUGCAUGGUUCAGUUCUUUGCGUGGUCAGCCUGGUAUUCGCUUCUGUAUUACACCACCACAUUCAUUGCCGAGCUGGCCGCGGUCGUGGCCAGCAAUGGUGGUACCCAUGCUGUGCAAUCCAAAGCCACGGAUGGUAGAGCCCUACGAACCGGCGUCUUUGCGAGUCUUUGCUUCGCUCUCGUGGCUUUAUCGGCCGCAAUUGUGAUCCCUAUGAUCUUGGCAUGGGUAGAAAAGACUCAUUUAGGCCGGACGGGGGAGGGGAUGGAAAAGCAAACCUCCAAUCACGCCAUCUUGGCGAGGCUGUGGAUGGGAUCACAAGCCUUGUGUGGCAUUUUGAUGCUCGCCUCGGUUGUAGUCGCCUCCCCACCCCAAGGUGUUUUGCUGAUCUCCUUGCUGGGCGUUCCGUGGGCAGUCACUCAGUGGGUCCCCCUGGCCAUCAUUGGGUGCGAGGUGGCCGACGCACGUCACGAGGAAAUGCACGCAGGCACAGUACUCGGCAUACACAAUGUGGCAAUCUCGGCGCCUCAGAUUCUUGCAGGGUUGAUGGCCACGAUUGUGUAUGCGGCCGCCGAUGCGGCUGGGAGUCGGGUGCCGACUGCGUGGGUGCUUGCAUUCGGAGGCUGCGCUGCUGUCUAUGCGUCCAGACUUGCUGUAGAUCUGAUAUGACUGAGUCAUCCAAUUCUUUGAUCAUCACUUCGUUCAGCGUCAUAGCGACUUUGUCUUUCUCCCGGAAGCUAUGGCGUAUUGCUCCAUCGAAGCAACUUUUGCCUGGGAUCACAUUUUGCAACUUUAGCCAGAGCAUCAUGUGACUAGUUCAGAUACAAUCGCCAUUUCUUAUAAGUGCUACAGUGGGCAGACUAUAUAUGGGUGACUUCAAAAGGGAAAGGACGAUUCAGUUGAUUUGCCUCAAUUCCUACAACGUUCGCGGCCGCUAAAUACUGAUUGAUAAAAAUUAAAAAAAAGCACACCAAAUCAAAUUGAAUCGAAUCAAAAGAUUAGCUGGCACAAUUUUAGCUACUUGUGAGACACGUGAUAAUGGAAGGGUUCG